GCUGAUGGAGAUGCGGAUUGGCUUGUCUCAGCCCGCGGGGCUCCAGGCUCCACCUCUCCAUCAGAGUCCUGCCCGUGCUGCGCUUGUUGCAGUGAGCGCGGAGGGUUUGUGCGCUCUCGGGUUACGCAUGUGAAGUUGUGGACAAGAGGAUAUCGGAGACAUCCAGCCACUUAGAGGAGGAGGAAAGUAGAGGCUCCCUUCUGUCGGUUCACUCUUUAAUAAGCCGGGGAAUAUAAGUCGUCGGACAGCGGCUGAGAAGAAGCGAGAAAACGAGUUUGUGGCAUUUAACUGAGAGACCAAGCAUACCCAACAGUAUGCGGUGCAGUUAUGGCAGGCAAGGGUAAGACAGUCGUGAGGACGCUGGAGGAUUUAACGCUUGAUUCUGGUUAUGGUGGAGCCGCGGACUCGGUCAGGUCGUCCAGCGUGUCGCUGUGCUGCUCCGACACGCAUCAGUCCAUCGCGCAUGGGGGCAACUGCUGGCAUCUGACGGAAUCCAUGCACAGCAGACAGAACAGUUUGGACACAGUCAACACCGUCCUGGCGGAGGACACGGAGAUACUGGAGUGCUCGGGUCAGUGCGCCAAGCUGCCCGAGCUGGAGGACGUGCCAUGGAGCCUCGGCGAGGUGGAGGGCGCACUGAGGAAAGACGAGGAGCUGAUGGUGGGCGACCCUCCACCGGAGGUCCUGGCGCGGCUGUCCGCUCUCGUCAGCCGCGCGCUAGUGCGGGUGGCCCGGGAGGCGCAGCGGCUCAGCCUGCGCUACGCCAAGUGCACCAAGCACGAGAUCCAGAGCGCCAUCAAGGUGGUGCUCUCAUGGACCAUCUCCGUCAACUGCAUCACGGCGGCUCUCAGCGCGCUGUCCCUCUACAACAUGAGCACCGGGGACAGGUUCAGCCGAGGCAAGUCGUCGCGCUGCGGGCUGGUGUUCUCCGUGGGGAAGUUCUUCAGGUGGAUGGUGGAUAGCCGGGUGGCCCUCAGGAUCCACGAACACGCUGCCAUAUACCUCACCGCCUGCGUGGAGAGUCUGUUCAGAGAGGUGUUCAGCCGCGUCCUGCGCAGCGCGCUGGUGGAGAGGGACAACGGGAUCCCCAAGUUUACGCUGGAGUCUCUGGAGCAAGCCAUCAACAACGACUCGGAGAUCUGGGGUCUGCUGCAGCCCUACCAGCACCUCAUCUGCGGAAAGAACUCAAGUGGUGUGCUGAGCCUGCCGGAGAGUUUGAACCUGCACCGGGACCAGCAGCGCUCAGGGCGGGGCGGCGAGGUGCAGGCUUACAGCCAGGCCGAGCUGCGCACGCUGGAACAGUCGCUGCUCGCAACACGGGUGGGCAGCAUCGCAGAACUGAGUGAUCUGGUAUCGCGGGCCAUGCACCUCCUCCAGCCGCUACACAUCAAGAACCCCAGCAAUGGGACUCCAGUCCACCAGAAGACCACCAACACCACAGUGCACUGGGAGCCUGAGGCCCUCUACACCCUGUGUUACUUCAUGCACUGCCCACAGAUGGAAUGGGAGAACCCCAACGUUGAGCCCUCCAAAGUCACCUUACAGACGGAGAGGCCGUUCCUGGUACUGCCUCCGCUGAUGGAGUGGAUCCGAGUGGCGGUCGCCCACACUGAGCAUCGGCGAAGCUUCUCUGUGGACAGUGAUGACGUGAGGCAGGCCGCCAGGCUGCUGCUGCCCGGCGUGGACUGUGAACCACGGCAAAUAAAAGCGGAGGAUUGUUUCUGUGCCACCAGGAAGCUGGAUGCCGCCUCCACAGAGGCCAAGUUUCUGCAGGACCUGGGCUUCAGGAUGCUCAACUGCGGACGGACAGACCUGGUCAAGCAGGCCGUGAACCUGCUGGGGCCCGAUGGCAUCAACAGCAUGAGCGAACAGGGAAUGACCCCUCUAAUGUACGCCUGCGUCCGCGGCGAUGAGGCCAUGGUUCAGAUGCUGCUCGACGCUGGAGCUGACAUCAACAGCGAGGUGCCAAGCACAGUAAACAAGCACCCCUCAGUUUAUCCUGAAACGCGCCAGGGGACGCCACUCACUUUCGCCGUGUUAAACGGACACGUCCCUGUCGUGCAGCUGUUGCUGGAUAAUAGAGCGAAUGUGGAGGGCGCCCUGCAGGAUGGGGCGGAGAACUACACGGAGACCCCGCUUCAGCUUGCCUCUGCUGCAGGUAACUUUGAGCUGGUGAGUUUGCUUUUGGAAAGAGGGGCCGACCCCAUGAUCGGGACCAUGUGUCGAAACGGCAUCUCCUCUGCCCCACUGGGAGACAUGAACUCAUACAGCCUGGCAGCAGCACAUGGCCACAGGAAUGUAUUCCGGAAGCUGCUGUCCCAGCCAGAGCACGAGAAGGGGGACGUGCUGUCCCUGGAGGAGAUCCUGGCCGAGAGUUCGGACCCCGGGGAGAAGAGGUUGGCGCCGCAGGCCAACGGUGGAGGGACGCUGCGAACAGGAAAGGCCAAACUGAGGGCCCUGAGAGAGGCCAUGUACCAUAGCGCAGAGCACGGCCAUGUGGACAUCACCAUAGACAUCCGCAGCUUAGGCGUUCCCUGGACGCUGCACACCUGGCUCGAGUCCCUGCGUACCUGCUUCAUCCAGCACCGCCGACCGCUGAUCCAGGGCUUGCUCAAAGACUUCAGCUGCAUCCAGGAGGAGGAGUACACAGAGGAGCUCAUCACGCACGGCCUGCCGCUCAUGUUCCAGAUCCUCCGAGCCAGCAAGAAUGAGGUGAUAAGCCAGCAGCUGUCAGUCAUUUUCACGCAGUGCUAUGGGCCCUUCCCCAUCCCUAAGCUGACAGAGAUCAAGAAGAAGCAGACCUCACGCUUAGACCCCCACUUCCUUAACAACAAGGAGAUGUCUGACGUGACGUUCCUGGUGGAGGGGAAACCGUUUUAUGCACAUAAAGUUUUGCUGUUUACAGCUUCACCCAGGUUCAAGUCACUGCUCCAGAACAGACCAGCAGCAGAGAACACCUGUAUUGAGAUCAGCCAUGUCAAGUACAAUAUUUUCCAUCUGGUCAUGCAGUAUCUGUACUGCGGCGGCACCGAGUCUUUGCACAUACGCAACACUGAAGUCAUGGAGCUCCUGUCUGCAGCCAAAUUCUUCCAACUAGAGGCCCUUCAGAGACACUGUGAGAUCAUCUGCUCCAAGAACAUCACCACGGAAACCUGCGUGGACCUCUACAAACAUGCCAAGUUCCUUGGUGCCUCGGAGCUCACGGCUUUCAUCGAGGGCUAUUUCCUGAAGAACAUGGUGCUGCUGAUCGAACUCGACGGCUUCAAGCAGCUGCUGUACGAGCCUCCGCCGGCAGAGAGCCCCGCGUCCAGCCCCGGCAUCUGCUCCGACAUCCUCCUCGACCUGGAGAGAACUCUGGCCACACGCAUCCACUCCAUCCACCUCUCCACCUCCAAGGGCUCCGUGGUGUGACGCCAUGCUCUGCCGAGAGCCCUCCGAUCCAGGCACAGCAUCCAUGUAACACCGACAUCCAGUGCCAUGCUACACAGCCCCGUCCACCUGUCCUGGCCCCGCCGCUGAAGAGGGGCUGUCGGAUGUUUUUAUGUCAGGGAUUCCCUUUAAUUCUGCCGGUCGCGGCCGCACCUGAGGGUUAAAGUUACAAAAAUCAGAGAGAACUUUGUGUUGUUCUUGAACUCUGUCGUCCUAAAGGCUCCCACUGAUCACAUCACACCCCACAGUAAGAAAAACUAUCAAAAAAAAACUCGACCCAGCAGUAUCACUUAGACCUAAUUGUGAUUAUGAAACUUAUUGUAUUUCAUAUAGGAUACAUGCAUGGAAUACAUUCUGUACACCUUUUUUCGCUUAAAAAGGUAGAGUAGAAUUUUAACUCAGUAAAUGCAGCUUUCUCAUCAUCUCUGAUAUGAGACGUUAGGUUUACACACUCGUGGAAGUGGACGCCAUCGCAGUAUACAGUUUGACACAUGCCAAAAUAUAAUCCUACUAUACAACCAAUAAAAGUGACUCGUAGCAAUGCCAGCAGACGGACUUUAGGUGGACUUCUUUACAUUCUGUCACUUCUAUGUUGGAUACGUUUCACUGUGUUCUAUAUCUACUGUGUGCAGAGGCCAAACUGAUCACAGGAACUUCCACCGUGGCCGACGCUGCAGCGCUGAUUAAACUGAAGUCGGCCCACUCAGUGAGAUCUAUGCUGACGUAUGCUUGAAACACGGAUGUCCAACUGGGAAAUUAACUCCACGAACACUGUCGGCUUUUUUUUUUUCUUUUUUCUUUUUUGCAUGACACCUCCUCAACUGAGCUGCCCUGAUAUUGCUUUUUAUGCAGAGCUUACUUCACGGACCGAAGAGGAAGUAAGGGCAAAACGCUGCUUAUUAACUUUCUAUCCACUGCAAAACUGACUGAGCGGGAUUUUGGAGAUGGAUUUCGAUUGGCAGGGACUUUCUCUUUAAAGAUAUUUAAGUGUAAAUACGUCCUUAAAGUCAUCGUGCUGGUCGUUUUUUUUUUUGUUUUGUUUUUUUUUUGUAAACUGAUGUACAGUAUUCUCCCACACGCGCUUGGCUGACGACACCAGUCUCAUUGAAUGUGCUCCCCGGACCGUUUGUUCCUGCUGUAUGUGUCCGUUUAUGCAAAAGUUGCAUGUUUGACCUGUUUGUUUGAAUCCUCUGUUUCGCUUUCGGUGUGCUUUCUGUGUAGGUCGGCAGGGCUGAGCAGGGUGUUGGUUGUUCCAGGUGAAGUCCAGUCAGAGGUUGUUCCCGUCAGUUACUUUGCUGUUUCUGAAACAUUCCAGAUGAUCAGGGUAGGUCGCCACCAGGAUGCAUCUUUAAAGUCACCUUUUGUCAGCGGAGUUUCUUAAGAACAUCAGUUCUGUGAAUGAAAGGUUGAAUUUCCACACACUGUGUAUCAAUGCUGAGUUUAUUAGAGACAAAACAAUGUUACAGGACUCACGGAGUAACGUUACGUCCCAGCCACCUGUUUGAGUGCACGUUUUGAAUUUGCACAUCCCAUAAAUGCUAAAAAACACCUGAAGUACUGCAGCAAGGUUUUCACAGCAUGGAAAUGUUGGUCAGUAAUAGUCGAUUCAAGCAAAAAGAAAAGUUUUGAAUGGGCACUGCACUCGAAUUUCACAAUACCAACCUGUCCAUUCUGUUUCCAGCACCCAUGUCUGUCCUUAGUCACUUCUCUUCUUUUAGUGCUCUCCAGUGAGGAAGAGCUACACCAACGGUUAUGUGUAUUUGUCCUCACCGUCAACCGCUUUCUUUUUACUUCUUACUUUAAUUUUACUUUAAGUUUUUACACCAAGCAACUUGUAAAAUUCACGCAACAGUAGGUGGUGAGAACGCGUAAUUAUUAGCAUUUUCUCGAGCUGAUUUUAAUGGAAAUAUAUUAAAAUGUGGGCUGAAUUUAGACAGAAAUUUGGCUACAGUUGGAGCUCUUCUACAGCUUUUAAGCGACUUAACUCCACCAGGUGAAUCAUCUGUACAAAAUUAACAGCUAUUCUAAAACAUAACAGCUAUUUUUUAAUAAAAAGUUAUAGUAACAUAACAACUGAAGGUGGGCUUAAAAUUCUGUUCAGCUGCACCCUUUACGAUGGAUAGAAUCUUACGUUUACAGUGUUGAAUAAACCACAACCUGCAGCUGAAAUUAAUCACUUUGAAUGUCCAAUUCUAGAUGAAUUCUGCAACUGAUGUGUCAGAGAAUUUAAAUCUGCUGCUCUAAUGUGUGCCUCUGACUGGCAGCCAGCUUCUGCUUAGAGUAGCCUGUUAAUCAUGAUGAGCCCAAAGCUCACCUCUGUAGAAGUCAUGCUGUGUAAUCAGCAGCUUGAUGUGCCUCACCUGUCAGGAGGAGGCGUGUCUUGGAAAAGGAGAAGAGCUCAUUAACACAGUAAGUUAGUCUUUUGUAUUCAUAAAAUAAAAGUGUGACAUCUUGAAGUUUAAACUUGUGAAAAAUGUGAGCCAAAAGAAAAGCGUUUUAUUUUUCAACAACACAAACAAACAGGAUCAUUUUAAGUUCUGUGUUUCUUUGUUAAAGGUCCGGUGUGUAGGAUAUAGGGAGAUACAUAUUGGCAGAAAUGAAAUAUAAUAUGUUUCUUUAGUGUUUCAUCACCGUCGUUACCUUAGAAUGAGUUGUGUACAGGGAGCAUGUCCUCGUCUACGAAGACUGCUGUGUUGCACUUGCAUUUUCGACAGCAGCUCAGAAAGACAAACCAAACUCCACGUAUGGUCGUUUGUGUUUUCACGUCAACCAUGCAGCCCCCCCGUGACAAGCAGCGUCAGAAAAACACCAAUUUUUUUUUAUGUUAAACUGCUUUAUUCAGUGUUUUUACCUGUUUAUUUUUAUUUUUUUUCAAAGGUUUAUUUUUAUUAACAGACGCUCAAAUUACAGUGCAGGAGCAGUUCCUAAAAUAAGCCAUGUUUCCAUUUGUGCGUUUGAAAAUAUUUUAAAAAGAGAAAGUAAAAGGACAAAGAUACUUAUCCAGAAACACAAAUGAAGAGACAAAAAGCAAAAACCAAAAAAGACAAAGAAAGAAAUAUUUAAAUUAAAUAUGAGGAUACUAUUCCUUAAAUAUAAACAGAGAGGAUGUACUAAAACUAUAUCUUAGGACAUUUUGACAUACAAACAUAUAUUGAUAAAUUCACGAAUGAAUCAGAAAUGAUCAAAGUUUUCACCUGUUUAAGUCACCAGGUCUGUUUGUUUAGGAGAGAAGGAGACCUAUGGGGGCAAUUUGGCCUCCCGCUAAAAACCUCCUUAGUGUCUGGAUCGUAAGUUAUCAGAGAAAAAGGAUGAGCACACAUUAUCAGGUGUUUUUACUGGUUUAAAUCACCUGGUCCAUUUGUUCAGUAGAGGAAGACACCGUGCGGAUAAUUCGGUUUCUGGUAAAAACCUCCUGAACAAUGAACAAUGAAGGAAUUCUAACCAGGAGAAGCCUCAGCUGGUUGCAAUGCGCAAUCCUCACCACUACAUGCCACUAAAUCCCCCUGAACUGUACACAUUCUGCCUUUAAAUAACAUCGAGGAGAUCUCAAAGAGCUCCCUGCACAUCGCAGCUCCAUGGAUCUUCAUCAGUCAUCAAAUCAAAUUCCCAGUGUGAAACAACACAUCUUUACUAAAGCCAAAAACAGCAGGACAUCUGAGAUGAUCACCACAUCAGUGAGUGAUUAAAAAACAGCAGAUUCGACAGUAACCAGUCCAAGUCCACUUAUCCUGUUGGGGGUCUAACAUUGGGCGAGAGGCGGGGUUCACCCUGGACAGGUCUCCAGACUAUCACAGGGCUGACACAUAGAGACAGACAACCAUUCACACUCACAUUCACACCUACGGACAAUUUAGAGUCACCAGUUAACCUGCAUGUCUUUGGACUGUGGGAGGAAGCUGGAGCACCUGGAGACCAGUUUCAUAUUUCAUUUAUAUUCUGUGUGGUUUGACAGAUAUUGUUUGUCCCAUUCUGGUGUUUAUCAAUUAUUAAUGUGGGAGCUGUUUCAGGCGUUUUGAGAUUUGUCUCAGGUGUGUGAGAUUUCGCUCCUCUUUUUUAUUGGCUGCUGCAGCCUGCGGCUUUAGUAUAAAGAUGUGUUGCCUCAUCUUGGGAAUCAGACAAACUUCCAAUGCCCAAAACGUUGUGUCUCUGUUAAACUCAGCGCAGAAAUUCAACCUUUUAUUCCACUUGAUUUUCAUUUUCAUCAGAUAAAACUUAUAAAACCUAAAAAGGACCAAAUAUUAAAUGAGCAGCACCCCUGAUGUUUGACGUUACCAUGACCCUCCCACUCAGACACAUCUUAAAUCAGGAGUAAAUCAUAGAGUGCAUGAUCUGAAUGUAACAAUGCAACAAAGGUUUAAUAUUUACAAAAUGUGCAAUAUCUACAGUCCAGCAACAAACCAAAAAAAAAAAGAUGCUUCCCUCUGUUUCCAGUGGCUCACAGUGCAAACGUCUCUGAAGUGUCCUCAUAGUUUGUGAUGUUGUUUCUGCAUUAAUCCGACUGUACCUUCAGACAACAGACCAAUCUUAAAAAUAUUGUAGCACACUCAAAAUUUACUUCAAUAUUUGUUUUGGGCCAAAAGAAAAAACAUUUCCAGAGAAACAUACAGGCAUAUAAGAGCUGGUUUUAAGUUCUGUAAAUAGUUACAGAAAUAUAGAUACUAUCCUACGACUUUAUUUUCUUACCUACAUACAUAGCACUAUAUAUUUUAUUUUACAUUCCACAGCUAUUUUGUUUUACAAAAGUGAAAAAGAUUAUAUAAAAAGAUGCUUUAAAGUUUUGAAAUUAAGCAAUAUUUCCAUCAGACUGUAUUACUCUGAGGACUACAGGGAAUAAUACGCCACAGGACGUGGAGCUACAGCAUAAAUGUGAAUUGAAAGACACUUAACAGCGACUAACGAGUGACUGAAACAAGCCUGGAUACGUGUUUAUAUUCUUGUGACAUCCCAUGGUGUAUUUUAUUUUAAAUGUCUUUCACGCAUUUUAAAGGUCCAGUGUGCAGGAUUGAGGGGGAUAUACUGGGAUAUAUUAGUGUAUUAUCGCCUGAUAAUAAGAGUUGUUGUGUUCUUGCUACCUGAGGAUGAGAUGUUUAUAUCUACAUAAGGAGCGGGUCCUUGUUUGUAAAGAUCACCAUGUUGCACUGCCAUGUUUCUACAGUAGCCCAGAAGGGACAAACCAAACGCUGGCUGAGGAUAGGGCCAAUUGCGUUUUCACAUCGGCCACCAUAGUUAGCAGCCCCUCCACAGUAGCUGUGUUUCCAUCCAAAAAUGAUUUGAAUCAUUGGGAAAUGCGCAUUAAAAGAAAUACGAAUCCUGUGUGUUUCCAUUAAAUGUACGGACUUUGGUGUAAAACUACGAACUCACGUGAGUUUUCCGCAGAACCGGAAACAAAACAAGUCUCGCGUUCUUCUUCUUCUACGUUUUCUGGCGGUUGGCAACCAGCUUGUAAAUGCAUUACCGCCUUCCCGACCCGGAGUGUGGAUAUCACCAUGGAGAGAGGUGCAGACUUAAUUUGAACAUAACUGUUUCCAUCCCCUGUUUUGCGAAUCAACAUUUUUCGAAUCAACCAAAACCCGGCUAAAGCAAGCGUAUUUUAGUUUGUGCGAAUCAGGGGAUUUUAAUUCAAAUUUUGGCGUUUCCAUCAUAAUUUUCCGAUGCGAUACUUAAACAGGCUGAUGGAAACAUAGCUAGUGAGAGCAUCAGAAAAAGCAAAACAGUGAAACUACUUUUUUCAGUGUUUUUUACCAGUUUAAAUCACCGAUUCCAAGACCUCUGCGGAUAAUUUGGCUCCCACUGAAAACCCUCUAAACAUCUGGGGCUGGUUGCACUGAGAACCUUGACUUAAGAUCUUCCUUAAAGUCCAAGAUAAGGUUUCCUUGAGAUAGAAUUAGUUGCAAAAAACAUCCUUAAGUCCUCUCCUUAAGGUUUCCUUAAAGUGUUUACGUAGCGCUUUAAGUUUUCCUCAUUAUCUAGGAUUUGUACUUGAGGAAUAGUUUGUUAAACUUUUGGACUUUUGUAACAGAAGUAAAGACAAAAACAUCAUGUACCUCUGGCUCCAUUUUAACGUCGCUGACUUAAUGGAGAUAAAUGAAAAAAAAAUAAGGCUUCCUGAGAAGAGUGUUCCCUGAGCAAAUGAUUUUGUGCUAUAAAUUUGACAGGAAGUCAAUAUAUGAUUGUGACCAUCUGGGGUUGGAUCAUCCAACUUUCCAAAGUUGCACUCUUCCAGCCUCAUUACAAUUAAUGAUUGGUCUGUGGUUCAAUGCAACAGGCUCUUUCAGUUAUUUAUUGGCGAGGUAUUUCAUGUUAGCCUUAAGUGUCAUACUUAAGGAACAAACUUAAGGUGUUUUGUGCAACCAGCCCGUGGAAGUUAUUCGAGAAAUAAGGCGAGCUACCUGUCUCCGACACUGAAACACCGAUUUGUGACAUGAAAUUGCUUUAUUCAGUGUUUUUACUAAUUUUAAUCACCUGGCCGUUUGUUCUGGAGAGGAGAAGACCUCUGUGGAAAAACUGGCUCCCAAUGAAAACCUCUCAAACGUCUGGAUAUAAAGUUAUUCGAGAAAAAAUGCUAGCACACAUUAGCAGGUGCUGGGCUAGCUGCCCGUCUCCAAGGAGCCAAACAGUGUCAGAGAACCACCGAUUUGUAACAUGAAAGUGCUUUAUUCAGCAUUUUUAUUGGUUUUAUUCACCUGGUCUGUUUGUUUUGGCGAGGAAGAGACCUCUUUGGAUAAUUCGUCUUCUGGUCAAAACAUCCUGAACGUCUGGAUAAGAAAUAAGGCGAGCGUGGAGUUUCAUUUAAUAAACACUGUGUUCGCACAAAAAGAGGCCUGAAAGAGCUGUACGCCACUUUCCACAUGAAGGUUGUGAUGUAUGAAAACAGACUCGAUGGGAGAAACUUUGACCCAUGCUUAUGGGUGGUAGAAAUUGUUCAAUAUUUUUUGCCGCACACCUUUUUUGGCGUUUGUUUAUGCGUACAUUUCUAGUAGGGAUCCUACGCACUGUUUUAUGAGGCCCCAUGUCUGUUGGUUUUGGAGAGGAGGAGACGUCUGUGGAUGAUUUGGCUCCUGGUGAAAACCUCCUGAACAAUGAAGGAAUUCUAACCAGGAGCAGUUGGUUGCAGUCUGUCAUCCUCACCACUAGAUGCCACUAAAUCCCUCUAAAUCUUACACACCGGACCUCUUAAAGACGAACUUAUAGGCUGCCAUUUUACCCUGAAAGCUUUAAUGAAGCUGAUAAUUUAUUUAGACUAACUCUGGUUGAAGUCAUUAAUAUUUAGCUUUCUAUUAAAUCAUCACACACGCCCACACUUGGAUUAAAACUUGCUGUUUAAAGGUGAAAUGUAACUCACAGAUGCAAACCAUUUUGUCUCCACAGAGGUAAAAAGGUUCAUAAUGAUGUCAAGCACUUCUCGUGCCAGUGUUCCUCACACUCACUCAAAAGCAUUAGUAUUUUAACAGUGAAGUCUUGUUGUGAUCCAACAGCUGAAUGUGGCUUUAGAAUAAGAGAAUAAGCCAAAAGACUUUAGCACUGUUUUUUAUUAGUCUUAAUGUUAUGCCAUUAGCAGAAGACUAACCUUAGCUUGCCCCAUGCUGGCGCUUUUGAUUCCAAACUGGGUCAAACCCGUAGAGUAAAUGUCGAUUCGCAUGGCUCUUCUUGUUUAAUGUUGUUGAGAAUGUGCUUUGUACACCAGCUCUGUCAAACACACUCCCCUUGAUUUGUCUGAGCAUUUAUUUGCCUGCGUAUUUGUUCCUGGUAAUAAACAACAUUUCUCCUAGACACAGUGGAAACAUGCAUGGGAUAUUCACUAGAUCUCAGAUCCACAGGGGAGGGGGAGGGGGGGGUGAACUUUUGCUAUUAUUUUUCCUUUGAUGAGAACAUGUAUAUUGUACAAAAUAUAUAUAUGAAAUAUAAAUUAUACAUGGUGUGAGAAGCAGGGAUGUGGUGGAGUAUAACAACAAAAAGGAAUGUUACACUCAUGCUACAGUUUCUGUUGUUCCAUGACAUGCUUUUGUGGACAGCUAAUAAACGACCAGAGUUUAAAGCGUA